AUGAACACGGUGAACAAGCAAGCCGAUGAGCUGCUGUUGCAGCCGACCUACUGGGCCAAGUUUCACUUUGACCCACCGACCUCGGACGUCGCGUCGGCUGUCAAGACUCCUAACGCGAUACACGCGCAGCUCAUGAUUGUGCUGACCGGCACGGAUUACACGACUCGCAAGAUCGCCAAGUACAAGCCCACCGUGCCGGUCAUGCGCUUCUUCACCACUGAUAUGAAGGUCGACCGUCAGCUUCAGAUCCACCGUGGUCUGUACCCAGUCGUCCCCGACUCCCUUGACCAGGCGCCAACUACUGCCGAGGCUAUUGCUCACGCCAAGAAGAUAAGGUAG